AUGACAACAGAAGAGCUGAAAUUUAGUUAUAAGGGAAUUCAGUACCCUACUGUUCUCUGUAGCAAGGAAACUUUUCAAGGAAUGGAGAAAAUGGAGGCUAGAGAAGAGGAUGUGCUGAUCAUAACCUAUCCAAAAUGUGGAACAAACUGGUCUCUACAGAUAGUGCAUGAAAUGAUGUUGGAAGUGCACAAAAAGGAGCCAACAAUGAUCAAAGGUAUGCUGGAAUUUGGAAAGCCAGAAAAAUAUGAGUUCUUGAAUCAAGAGCCUUCACCAAGAGUCUUGGCAACGCAUGUUCCAUGUGAAACUAUUCCUAAAAACUUUUUUGAAAAGAAGACCAAGAUGUUACUCAUACUUCGUAAUCCAAAAGACACAGCUGUGUCUUACUACCAUUUCACAAACAAGAAUCCCACACUUCCUACAUAUGACUCUUGGGACUUGUUCUUCAAGGAUUAUAUAACUGGAAAUGUAAUCUAUGGAUCAUUCUUUGAUUAUACUCUUCAGUGGGAGAAACAUGUCGAUGAUGGUAAUAUUCUUGUACUUACAUUUGAAGACAUGAAAGAGGACCUUCCAAGAGAGCUGCGAAAAAUAUGUGACUUCUAUGGCUUAGCUCUGACUGAUGAGCAAAUCAAGUUGAUACAGGAAAAAACUUCUUUUUCAUCUAUGAAGGAGAAAUCUGGUAGCACACAUGGAGAUCUUGCGAAUGUUUUCUUCAGAAAAGGAGAAGUAGGGGACUGGAAGAAUCUUUUUACUGAAGAACAGAGCAAAGAGGUGGAUGCACAGUUUGAAAAGUAUCUUGCUGGAACAAAACUAGGAAAUAUGAUUAACUAUAAAAAAUACUGUACAUUUUAA